AAGCAAUUGGUUAAGAAAAAAUCGCAGCAAGAAUUUCUCUUAAUUUCGGCAAAUUGUCGAAACUCAAUUUCUGCCAACUUCAUGCUGCGAUUACAAUAUUCCGGCGCAGUUUGGCACAGACAAACUUUUUCUUAUUUAUUUCUAUGUAUCAUUACAUUUUAAGUUCUACAAGAGUCAUAGCACCGGUUCAUAAUAGGGACUUUGAAUCGCAAUUCUUAAUUAGAGUUACAUUUUACACAACAACAUUAUUUUGCUUUACUCAGGAAGCAUAUAUUUUUAUUAAUUGCAAUGAAAAUUUAAUAAAUAACAGUGUUAGAAGCACAAAUCAUACAACUAAACGAUGAAUAUAAACGAUGAAAUAAAUCGAUGAAAAAAUCGAAUGACCUGAUGUAGUAGCAAUCCUGUGAAUGGAAUCACAUUUUUUUUUUCAUACUUUUUUUUUUUGUCAUACUGAUUAUAGCUCCUAAAAUCACAUAAGAAACUUGCGGUUUUCAUGAACUUCGUGUACUUGUAACUCCCAUAAAUGGAAUUAUUUUGCAAUACGACUUCAUAGAAGUUUAGAAAAGACUUAGAAUUAACAAAAUAUGAUAUAAUAAUGAUUAAAAAAAAUGUUAAACAAAUGGGUUUUGGCCACGUUUUCGGCCGUUUUGACCACUGUGCGACGAUAGCCGAGCUCCCGCCAACGGAAUUCGGGCAUGAUCGACGGCCGAGCCGUGUUCACGGCAUCGCCGAAAAUAAUCGGCGAUCGCCAUCUUUUUACGAUUAAUCCCGAUUAAUCAAAUUCAGCACGAUUGAGAAGGAAUGGACAGCAUCCGAAAAAGACCGAACCUGCAGAAAUCAAGGAUAUAUAAUCCGGCCGAAGUCUUGCUACCGGAGAGUCUUCCUGAGACGAGCUCCCGAGACAGUCUUUUCCGAGAAAAUUUUUAGAGAGCUUGUAGAGGAUAUCGGCGUGAGUAAUUUAUCGGGCCACAUUCGCCGCCCUCCGUAUAGACGUGCUUCCUGUUUCUGUUCUAGAGAUCGAGUUCUAGAGAGCGCGUUUGCCGUUGCCCCGGCGCGUCUUCUGGAACGAUCACAUAUUCCAAAGUUCUUUUUCUUUUCUUCCCUCUUGUCUAUCGACCAAACGGCAUUUUUGUUUUUCUUUUCCGAGACGACCGACGAACGUCAUUAUACUUUGUUUCGUUUCCCUUCCUUUCGCGACUAAACAAGCGCGUUUGUCGCUGUCUCAGUCCGCUUGUAGGACCGCGACCAUCGAAAUCGGUUUCCUUACAAUCUACAUCAGCACUUCCACGGAGUAGCCUCGAGUACUGUACUGACUUGAAAAAUCACAUUAUCACGAGUUGUUGCUCAAAUAGAAGCCGUUAUCUUGAUGGAAAACUUCUACAUUUCUUAUUGUUUCGUCGACUAGCAGACGGGAAGGACGUGACGUUAUAGUGGAGCGCCGAAGUCAACGCUUUAUUCUUUAACUGACUUUUCACUGGCCUAGUGAAUAAGUACAAAAAAUUAGGUUACUGUGUUAUUCUUGCUAAAGAUACCAGAGUAUAUAAGAUUCAAAUCGAUAUAGGGAUAUAUAAAAAAGAAGAACAGAGAGCCGCAUGUAAUAAUAAUCAACCGUGAGAAAGGUCAGCUACGUCAGUGCAAGCCAUUUGCUGGAACAACGAAACCAGAGGAUUAAUAUGUCCACGUCGAAUUCGUGUUUUAUGCUUUCAAAUUCCAUGACGUCGAUCAUGUCGAAUAAUAAUAAUAACAACGAUGAAAGUUACCCAAGCAUGGUAAAUCUUAACGAAAAUAGUACCAAUAAAACGUCAGUGCAACAAUUUUACAUGGGACGAUCGAUUUUCAUCACAGGAGGAUCCGGUUUCCUUGGAAAAAUACUAAUACAAAAAUUAUUGCGAAGUUGCACCGAUAUUACCACUAUCUAUAUUCUAAUACGUCCGAAAAAAGGAAAUAACAUUGAAGAUAGGCUCAACAAUAUAUUUGGAAAUGUGGUUUUUGAUCAACUCAAGGUGGAAGUGCCGAAUUUCCGAAGCAAAAUCGUACCGAUAGUGGGCGACCUUUCCGUUGAUAAAUUAGGACUUUCUGACUAUGAUGAAAAUCUUCUUAAACAAAAUGUGUCUAUCGUCUUUCACGUAGGCGCGAGCAUACGUUUUACUGAAGAUAUCAAGACUGCUACAACGAUAAACAUCAGUUCUACCGAUUAUCUCUUACAUAUGGCUAAGAAUAUGAAAAAGUUGAAGGCGUUUAUUUAUGUGUCGACGAUAUAUGCAAAUUGUCAUUCGAAACACAUUGGAGAAUAUUUCUAUACAUAUCCUAUUGAUUACCAAACUCUCCGUACAUUAACGAGGGACUUAAAAUCUGAAGAAGUCAGUAAAAAAAUUGUCGAACUUUUCCCUGAAUAUAUCAAUACAUAUGUAUUUACUAAGGCCAUGGCCGAAUCAUUGAUAAGAGAUACAAGCAAAGAAUUGCCAAUUGGAGUCUUUAGACCAGCAAUAGUCCUAUCGCCCGCCGAAGAGCCGCUUGUAGGUUGGAUCGAUAAUUAUUUCGGCCCCGUAGGAUUAAUAGCAUAUUAUUUUAAAGGAAUAGCGAAAUAUUUAUGGGCUGAUUCUAAAUGCACAGCUAACAUAGUGCCUGUUGAUAAAGCCAUAAAUGCUCUAAUUGUUUCUGCGUGGGACGUCUUUAAUAAAUCAGAGAGGAGAAGUGAGGAAACGUUGAUUUACAAUUACAUAUCGUCCAAUGAUGCACCCUUGACUUGGGGCAAAUAUUUUUAUUCAGCGCAAAACAUCUUUGAAAAAUAUGUGGUGAAACGUUCGAGUCUAACUAUUACAUUAAUUAAAAAUAACAUUUUAUUCAACUUCUGCUGUUGGCUUGCUUUAUCUGUUACAUUAAUGGUCAACAGGACGAACGGCGUCGACAUCCAAAGCAUACGAAAAAUAUACAAUAAAUUUCAUUAUGCUAUGAGUAUCAUUGGGUAUUGGGCAGUCAACGAGUGGACUUAUACCAAUGACAAUGUUCAUGCAAUGUGGUAUAAUUUGGACAAAAGGGAUAAGCAUCUGUUUAAUUUUGAUAUGCAAGGAUUCAAUUGGCCGAACUAUUUGGAUGGACAUUUUAAGGGCAUAUUCACAUAUCUAUUUAAAGAAGAUUUGAAUAUUUUGGAAGUCAAAAAUCGUGCAAACAUAGUGGAAAAAAGGCAAAGACAAUUUCAUCUCAACAACAUAAUGAUAUUGAGCUUAUUCUCAUUAAUCAUUUUGUUUAUCUGCCUAAUUUUGAUGCCUAUUAUAUGGCGAUAAUAUAUGACAAUAUGUGGCAAUAAUAUAUGGCAACAAUAUA